ACACAGCUGCUUCCCUGAGAUUACUAGUUUCGCAGUGUGCUUGCUUUCUGCAGCUGCUUUGGCGGCUAGAUUCUACAGGUGGUAUCACUACAACAUCUCGAGAAGCUGUUUCACUCUGGCUGUGUGGGCUACACUGACUUUCCAGUUUGCGGAAGACUGACUGAGUACCUACCUUUGGAAAUACAAGAUCGUGCGAUCCGCAAUGAGUUUGGAUACAGCUCAGUAAUUGUCGGACAAGAAGCUCCUCGGGCUCGCAAGAUCUGACUUGGCGGCUGCCAGCGUGGUGUGACCGUCUUCACGGUCAAGGAUUUGUCCGGCACUAAAAGGUCUGUGUGUGGUGCACUACCUAUGCCAACAAGAUGGUAGCGCUGCCAGCCUUGUGCCUGUCGAGCACAGCACACUGGCCAAGGAGGACCUGUCAGACCAUCGUGCUCAUCGUGCUGAUCGUUUCAAUCACGAGUCUGAGUCGUGUCCGCGGCUCUUCUCAGUCGAAGGGAACCCUGCAGCCAUCCUCUGAGCCUCCAACAGCACAGACGCUGCAGCACCAGCAGCAGCAGAAGCAGCAGCAGCAGCAACAGCAGCAGAAGCAACAACAACAGCAGCAACAGCAGCAAGGUCAGCAACCACAAGACGAACAACGGACACAGCGGCAACCGGGGAACACCAGCAGCGCAAGUUCCUCAGCUCAACCAUUUCCUUACCCGUGGGCUAGUCGUUACACCACAACUACAGGCCAGUGGACUGAACCGUCAUGUGCAGUUUCCUUGUAUGUAGCACCAAAAUACAACCACACUUCACAGUCCAAUGAGAACUCGUCUGUAUACUGCGGCCAGAAUGCACUCGAACCGUGUGCCAACAUUUCAUCUGCCUUAGAAGCGGCCAGAGGCCUUGGAGCGUUCACAAUGGGACACCUGUGCAUUCGGCUACUGGCCGACAAGCGGUCGCUCUGUGAGGUGUCUGUCGGAGACUGGCCUGUUGUCGUACGUGUGCCGUUUUUCAAGUCUUUCUCACUCAGUCCGUACUCCCUAUCGACGAGGUACGGCUGUGAACGAGCCAUCAUCAAGGAACGCAUGUACACAGGACGGAGGUCGAGAAAGCAUCCAGAAAUCUUCAUCCUGUAUGUAGCCAUUUACAUCCAGAAGGUGAACUUCAAUAUCUGGUCCGACGGUAUACCAUUCGUAAUGCUCAGCCACGCCAAGCCGUUCCACUUGGCGCACAGCUUGGUGCAGUUAGACGCUGUCCGGGCCAAGUUCCUCAAUCAGUCUGGUGCGACGUGGAGCGACGGGUUUCACGUGCACAUACACAGCUGCACGUUCCAGGGCCCCGACAUGGACAGAUUACAGCGCGUACGGCGUACAGUCGAUGACGGCUUUGCCAUCAUAUCGGUGGCCAUUCCCAGAGAAGGUACGCUGGUGGUGGUGAACUCAACAUUUCUUGACCUCAUGGACACCCCGAUUAGCACCUUCGGUGGCUCGAAGAGUCAAAACACCCUCUGCAAUGCUAAUAGGACCAUCGUUGCAGCAUACAACCAUUUCUAUCGGAAUGGCGGCGAAUACUCAAUCAACGUGUCCAUGCCAGAAAUAUACCGCAUGAUUCCAUGUCCCGUAAGCUCACGGGCCAUGACCCAGGUCCUGUUGUACAAGAACGGGCACGUUGGCGGAGUGGGUUCUGCUCAUGUUGCUCUCUCGCUAUCCGGUCGCACUCCCACACUGGUCACGGUGGACAGAUGCACGUUCACCUUGGCAACGACACCACCUGGGCGUCAUGACAUCGAUUACAAGUAUGGGGUGCUCAUGCGGGUGAUCGGACAUGCCGCGUCGACUUCAGUGUCGAUCCUGAACUGCAUAUUUGAUUCAUUCCGAGGCAUCAAGUUUAUCCACGGACAAAACCCGGCCGAUCUAAGUGGGAAAUACGCAACACCACUCCGCCUAUACGCCACCCAGCACAUAGCAUUACCCGAUAAACCGGUGACACUUGCGAAUAGCACCUUUCAUCUUGUAACCGGCGCAUCUGCAGUGGAGAGCAAGAACGUUGACGUGUCUAUGGCGGGACGAGUUCUUAUUGAGUCAGCUGGUGCAGCACCCAGGAGAGGAUCCGUCAUUGAUAUUGCCGAUGGUCAGUGGACGAUCACUGGCACCCUGUUGAUCAUAACACCGGGAAGAAGCAGCUUUGUUCCGUUUCCAGGAGGUCAGAGUGAAGCCUUGCACGGCAGCUACGCCACAAAGGCCAGCAAUAUUCAAGUGACAAGUAGAGUGUGUGCGGUGGAAUAUGACAGUUGCCCCUUCAACCGUGUAGCAGUGGACGCAGCUGUGUCGAUCGAGGAGACCAGCCGUUAUGGAGUGUGGACAGGCCACUCAUGUGAAGUGAAACCACAUAAAAGACUUCGAAGGCACAUUCCUUUCCUGUAUUUGCGCGUUGCAUGUUCCGUUCCGGCUGGCCCGGCAUGGAUAUUCACACGAGGAGUUACUGAACAGUCUUCUGGUGAUGUCACGCUGUGCGGCUCUUGCAGUAUGUUGCCUGGCCAAUCCUCCUAUUCCGGUGAUUCAUCAGCAGGCAAUGCAAGCGUUGGUACUGACACUAAGAACAUGCACACAGCACAGCCACAAUUACCCCCGCAAUUGGGACCAACAACACCAGCACCAUCAAGAUCAACACCCCCACCAAUGCACGCACCAGCGUCGUACGCUGUAUGUAAUAUCAGCGGCUACGAAGCUCUUGUCGUGAGCGAAUUCGAUCUGCUGCGGCCAAUCCUCCGCUCCGCGCCCAGUUGGGUCAUGUUGCGUGGUAUAUCGGCGAUGUGUGCCAAAGCCGGACUUGAUUGGAUCUACGUGUCAGCAGGCAACUGCUCAUCAAUGAUGCAAGCCCUCUUCAAUACGACAGUUGAAACGCUUGCCCCGGAGUUUUCAGCCGAUAUCCAGCCUCUAAAGCACCUGGCGAGCACAUUUCAAGCCGGAGCAGAUGGCUACACAAAUGUGCUACCCGCUCUGAAGUUCCUUCGCUUGCCGUGGAGUCACGUGCUCGGAGUGGAUUGGCGGGCACGGAAACCACUGCGCAUAGGUAGCCUGUUGACGCGCAUGGCUGUGAACGUUCCACGUCCCUGCAGCGGAGACGAGACUUUUGCGAUUUUCCCGGCACCCGGAGAGUACCUGGAGCUAGCGCUGGAUGUCGCCGAUGAUGGCUUCGGCAAAGCUCACGGCCCCGUACGCUUGGAGGUUGAGUCUAACGAGACGGCACUGAUGCAGACCGGAAGCCUGUCUGGCGAAUACACACGUGUCGGUCAUCUCCUGUUCCACAGCCACGACGUCAUCAACGGGUUUGCGUUGGCGGGCCGCGUUGGCGCGCGUGGCUGCCUACGCCUCUGGAUUCUGGCCAGUAACAGCGACGGUGACGGAGCAGGCGAUGGCACGGGCUGGGGCCGAGGGCAGGAAUCAUUUGCGCUGAGAAUUCCGUUCCAGCUGCGCCAGUCCCAUGCAGGAUUUCAUGAGCCAGCCCCCGCUGCAAACAAGGAGAGCCUAGGAGUGUCAGCUGGAGCUACGGACUUGGUGAUGCAGUGCGCAAGUGAUCUAGCUGGUGUGGACCAUUGCUCCGCCGGGAAGGAUGUGAUUAUCAAGGCGGGAUACUGGGCCGGAGACUUGGCCACCCUGCACGGCCAAGAAACGAGCGAGUACCUCGCGCUCGCGCACGACGACGACGAGGGGAAUCUGACAAUCGGCGACGUGGUGUCUGGCAGUUCCCAUGCCAACCCCGUGCUCGGCAUAGGGGAGUGUUACAAUGGCUGCUGUCGCGAUACCAGCUGGCGACUGGGCGUUGAUGAGCCGUGUACGCACAACACCACUGGGAUUCUGUGUGGGCAAUGCAAGCCAGGGACCAGUCUGAAACUGGCAACCGUUGGUUGUUCUGCCUGUUCCAGCGGAGCACUACGCAUUCCGCUUGGUGCCUACAUCAGCCUGGUUGUAGUCCUAACAGUGCUGACAUUCAUGAUCAUGCUCUACUGCAACAUGGGAAUGAGUCCUCUGCUGGAUAGCUGGCUGUUCUUUGUACAGGCAUUUUGGUAUAUUUUCAGCAAUGAGAAUAGCUACGUCUAUAGCGCUGUCUACACAGUGCUCACGUUUGGCCUGGGUCACGUCUGCAUCCGUCCUGACCUCCAUCCGCUGCAGGUGAACGCACUGCUCUUGCUGCAGCCGGCGACAUUCCUUCUGAUAUUCAUCGCAAUCCGCGUUGCCCGCUCCUACAACUGUACUGGUGGUUUUCUGCAGCGGCAACAGCAGCACAUGUUGCUCGUCCGCGUCAUGUGGCUAGUUCUGGUCUACAGCUAUCUGCUGCUCAUGUUCGUGGCCAUCAGCUUCCUGAGCUGCGUUAAGCUGAGGACUGGCGUCCGUGUUGUCACCAGGGACGGAUCAGUGAGCUGCUUUGGCUCUCAGCACCGACCCUACAUCAUCAUCUCGCUGGGCAUACUCGCACUCGUCAUAGCUCCCCCGCCGAUUCUGCUGCUCGUGCCCAGCGCUCGUCAGAACCCGCGCCUCAUGGGCUUCAUCGAUCAGGCGUGCCACAUCUACCGCGACGACCGGCGCUGGUGGGCGGCCGUCAAUCUGCUCAGACGUGUCCUGUUGGCUGUUGUGUGCAGCCUGUUUGCGCGUCAGUACCAUCGCUUGCUGGUGAUGACUGCACUGUUCUGGCUGAUGUUGCUGGCACAUGCCGUAGCAAAGCCGCUUCGCUCUGGCAAGACUCUGCAUGUGUCGCACAACGCCCAGGAGCUGCUGUUUCUGUUCAUUCUGCAAGCCGUCUCCGUUCUGAAGGCGCUGGCCGCUCACAGCAGCGACAACUGGUCCAUUUACAUAGACAAGGCGGCAAUGAUGCUGUACUGGCUUCCGACGUGUUUUGUUCUCCUGGCGUGUACGUGCAAGCAACUCUUCUCACCGGAUGGCGGUUGGGGACGGCUGCAUGGGCUCAACUUCGUCAUGCUCUGGAGGCGCUGGCGCCGACGAACAUCACCGCAGGAAGAUGGCGACGAUCGCAUACCGCCGGAAGCGCUCAAGACCAUCGCGUCCGGCUUCCGUACGCCGCUGCUUGAAGAUGAGCCACGACUUCACGAGUAGCGGCUUGUACGGUCACAUGCGUGAUCAAUGAUCAUUGUUCUCAUCCUGGUUUCAUCAUGUCAUGACAUCAUCAUGUUGUGACAUCAUCAUGUCAUGACAUCAUCACCUCAAUUCAUACUACAGCAAAAACCUGUGACUAACGACCACCCCUUGGGGCCACAGAAAGCGGUCUUUAGUGGCAGGUGGUCCUUAGUUAGAGGCUUGCACCGCACAACCAUAAUAUUAUGUGAAUGUGAGAUCGUCCGUGCCUGGCGAAGUGGUCUUUAGUACAAGGCUGGUCGCUAGUCACGGUGGUCUUUAGUGACUGUUACAUGUUUCACUGCAUAACACUACAUUGUCCUAUGGUACUGUUAGCCUACUUUCCUCUCGGCAAUUUUGAGAUGAUUACUAGCACCUUUUCUUUUCCGGUUUUUCCUCUAGCAUGCUGUAACCUUCCUGGUAUUCAACUUCUUCAAGACAAUUUCAGUUACCGUUUGCUCUUGGCGAUGGCAGCAUUUGACUGCUAGUUAGUUUUGGCCUCUGCUGCUUAUACUUCGAAGUAAUUUGUCAUCUCCAUGUACAGUAAUAAUUGCAUGUCAAGGCGACCACUCUGGUAAGGCGAUCACCUGUCCUAAAGGACCUCUACGACCGAUGUAGAGGACCUCUACGACCGAUGAAUGUUGUUUCCAGCAUAAAGACCCUGUAUGAAGACCACCUGUAGAUCCUCCAGGAGGCCACAUUUUGAAGGUUCCCUGAAUGAUUGGUGUAGACUGGUUUCACUUGGUCCCACAAGAUAUCACCAACUACAGUGACUGUAUUUCUCAAUGAGCCUUUUUUCUGUUCAUUUCAUUCACUGUGCCCGAAUGGCGCUUAGAUUUAAGAAGCUCUUUAAAUUUGUUCAUUUUGCCAUCUGCAGCACGUUUCUGAGACGAGUUUGUGCUUGGCUAAUAUCAUCA